AUGUCGUACAAAAUAACGUGUCUCCUAACAUUGUAUCUUAUCCUAGAAAUUAAAUUAAAUUCAUUGAUUUGUAGAUCGAAAGCAGAAAUCGAAUGCCCACCAGGGUACAUUACGAACAACUGUACUUUACCGUGUCGAUAUCCAAGUUUUGGUCCAGCUUGCCAAGAGAAAUGCAAUUGUAAGGAGUCAGACUGUAAUAGCGGAACAGGGUGUAAAGAAGACGUUGCAACUUUAUAUCCAGUUUCCUCUUCACGAGGUGAAUUGACUUCUUCUACACUGCCAAACGCCUUAAACAUAACAAUCUGUCCGAUUGGUUAUUUUGGUGAAAAAUGUGAAGUCCCGUGUCGUUUUCCAAAUCAUGGUAAUGGUUGUCAGCUGAAGAACUUUGUAGUCAUAUUCAUGGAUGCUCAACUAACAACACGCAUGAUACCCAGUGUGAUGUAAAGAUGUUAGGGGACAACAGAGGCAGGGAAUCCAGACUACUUCGUGGCACGAUAGGAAUGGCAUGUGUGGCAUUGGUUUUCUUCACAAUAUAUUGCUCAUUAAUUAUCCUAAACAAUUCAGAGGGAGUAUAAGGAAGAAAGAAAUCAUCGAUGCCUAACUAAAAUUUGAAGUAUUGUAUGUUGAAAUAGACGUGUCCGCGCAAUCGUAUAUGAAUUGCAAAAGACACGAAUAUCAUUUGAAAUAUUGAUCCAUUGUGUAUAUGUGUAGGUUGAAUAAUGUUUGUGUACGUGGACUCACUUAUGUAACCAUCUGUUAAUAUAAAUGCACUUUGUUAUAUAUAUUAAUCCAUAAUUCAUAUGGUUGCAAUAAAUUACAAACAGAAUCAUUAUGUCUUAUGAUAUUUUAAAAUGUAA